ACAAUCUCACGUGGAGGCCACAAAAAGCUCAUUGAUCCUAAGGGGUGGUGUCUCUCUCUCUCUCAAUUAAUUCAAUCAAUGGAUAGCUCAAAGCUCCAUUUUGCUAUAGUGGCAUGCCCCGGCAUGGGCCAUCUCAUCCCAGAACUCAUGCUCGCCGAACGCCUUGUCACCCACCACCACAUCCAAGUCACCGUCCUUGUCGUCACCACCCACUCAUGGCCAUCCCAAUCUCAGAUUCUCCACCUCCCUAACGUUGCGAAAACACUCCACGUCAUAUAUCUCCCGCCACUGGAUAUCUCCGGUCUACUCGACCCGGGUGCCACUUACGUUACCCAGAUCGUAGUUAUGAUGCGCGAGGCUCGACCGGCUAUCAGGUCCACCAUCUCCUCCAUGAACCGCCGUCCCGACGCCCUCAUCGUUGACCUCUUGGGAACCGAAUCUUUUGUGAUUGCCGACGAGUUCGAUAUGCCCAAGUACGUAUACAUCCCCAGCACUGCAUGGUUCACUGCUCUCACCUUCUACUGUCCCGUAUUUGAUAAGGAGCUGAAGGGUCAGUACGUUGACCAAAGCGACCCGCUGGCAGUUCCGGGUUGCACCCCGGUCCGACCGGAAGAUGUUGUCGAGCCGAUGCUGGACCGGAAUGAUCAGACGUAUCGCGAGUACGUACGGAUGGGGAUUGAGUUUUCGCAGUCCGAUGGAAUUUUAAUCAACACGUGGAAUGAUCUGGAGUGUUCAACGCUGAGAGCUUUACGACAAAAUGAAACCCUCCAGUCGGUUGUUAAGGUACCGGUUUAUGCAGUCGGGCCUUUGACGAGGCCGGUCCAAUCUUCCGGUUCGCCGAGCGAGUUGUCCAAGUGGCUCCACAUGCAACCCGGCGAGUCAGUUAUAUAUGUUUCGUUUGGGAGUGGUGGGUUGUUGUCGGCUGAGCAAAUGACUGAGUUGGCUUGGGGUUUGGAGCUGAGCCGGCAGAGGUUUGUUUGGGUGGUACGCCCACCCAUAGAGGGUAGUGCGGAUGCAUCAAGGAACGGAUCGGAAGAUGGGACCCCUGACUACCUACCAGAUGGGUUCUUGACCAGGGCCCACAAUGUGGGAGUUGUAGUCCCACAUUGGGCCCCACAAGUGGAGAUCUUGAGCCAUCCAUCAAUAGGGGGUUUUCUAUCACACUGUGGUUGGAAUUCAAAUUUGGAGAGCAUAGUGCAUGGGGUGCCUAUGAUUGCAUGGCCACUCUAUGCUGAGCAGAGACUGAAUGCUACCAUGCUUACGGAGGAGAUGCGCGUGGCGGUCCGGCCGAGGGUGUCACCGGCAAAGGAGGUAGUAAGGAGGGAGGAGAUAGAGCGGAUGGUGAGGAGUGUGAUGGAGAGCAAAGAAGGGAAGGUGAUGAGAGAGAAAAUGAAAGAACUAAAAUAUAGUGCAGAGAAAGCUUUGAAGAAAGACGGUUCUUCCUAUAACUCAUUAUGCGAGGUGAUUAAGGACUGUGAGGUGAGACUGGAGUCAAAGAAGGCCAAGGUUGGCUCACAAUACUAAUUAAAAGAGGUGUGAGUCCUGAAAUUGAAGUCUCAAUGAAGUGGGCUUUUUGUUUUUUACAAAUCUUUUUCCCUUAUUAUUAUUAUUUUGGAUAAAUUACAAUGAUGCUGUUAUGUCAAAUUUCAACUACAUAGAUAUUUUGAUCUUAACUUUUACUCA